CUCCGCGACCGAGUGGAGAGCGCAGCCGGGCGCACCCCGUCCCACAGCCGGCUCCAGCCGCUCCGCAAGCCCUUGUGCACCGGCCGCCGCCUGUAGCAGGAGGAGCAGAGGUGGGAGGAGGAGGAGGAGGAGGAGAAGGAGGAGGAAGGCAGCAGCCCGUCCGCAGCGGGGCACGCACGUGUGCGCGCAGACCUCGACGGCCGCCCUCCAGCAUGCUGCUCGGAGCCGCGCAGGGCAGAGCGCCGGAGAGGAGCUGAUCGCUGCCGCGGGAGAAGAGCAGAGGGGAGCAGGAGCGGCUCCGCGGAACCAUCCGUGCGCCCGUCCCGUCCGACCCGCAGCCACUGCGCCGAGGGAGCGGCGGUCCCGCAGCAUGGGCGGCCGCAGCCCCCUCGCUGCCGCCGGGCCCCGCGGCGCCGCUGUCCUGGUGCUGCUGCUGGGGCGCCUCGCUCUCUGCCUUGCCGUGGAGGGAAAGAAAGUUUGUCAAGGGACAAAUAACAAGCUGACCCAACUGGGACAUGUGGAAGACCAUUUCACCAGCCUGCAGAGGAUGUACAACAAUUGCGAGGUGGUACUCAGCAACCUGGAGAUUACAUAUGUGGAGCACAAUCGUGACCUCUCUUUCCUGAAGACAAUACAGGAGGUUGCAGGCUACGUGCUCAUCGCCCUUAACAUGGUGGAUGUCAUUCCCCUCGAAAACCUCCAGAUCAUCCGAGGCAAUGUGCUGUAUGACAACUCUUACGCCCUGGCUGUUUUAUCCAACUACCACAUGAAUAAAACCCAGGGACUCCGACAGCUGCCAAUGAAGCGGCUUUCAGAAAUUCUUAAUGGAGGUGUUAAAAUCAGCAACAACCCCAAACUGUGCAACAUGGACACUGUUCUUUGGAAUGACAUCAUUGACACAAGCAAGAAGCCUCCCACAGUGCUUGAAUUUGAGAGCAACCUGUCUUCUUGUCCCAAAUGCCAUCAGAACUGCACAGAAGACCACUGCUGGGGUCCUGGUGAAAAAAACUGCCAGACAUUAACAAAAGUCAUCUGUGCUCAGCAGUGCUCUGGUCGGUGCAGGGGAAAGGUGCCCAGCGACUGCUGCCACAACCAGUGUGCCGCGGGGUGCACCGGGCCUCGGGAGAGCGACUGCCUGGCAUGCCGCAAGUUUCGGGACGAUGCUACGUGCAAGGAUACAUGUCCCCCAUUGGUCCUGUAUAACCCCACCACUUACCAGAUGGAUGUGAACCCUGAAGGAAAAUAUAGCUUUGGAGCCACUUGUGUGAAGGAAUGUCCACACAACUACGUGGUGACAGACCACGGUUCCUGCGUUCGUUCGUGCAACGCUGAUACUUACGAAGUGGAAGAAAAUGGUGUUCGGAAGUGUAAAAAGUGUGAUGGGCUAUGCAGCAAAGUGUGCAAUGGCAUCGGAAUAGGUGAACUUAAAGGGAUCCUCUCCAUAAAUGCCACAAAUAUUGACUCCUUCAAAAACUGUACCAAGAUCAAUGGGGAUGUCAGCAUUCUCCCAGUUGCAUUUCUAGGUGAUGCCUUCACGAAAACCCUACCUUUGGAUCCCAAGAAAUUGGAUGUCUUCAAAACAGUCAAAGAAAUAUCAGGAUUUUUGUUGAUUCAAGCCUGGCCUGAGAAUGCUACUGAUCUCUAUGCUUUUGAAAAUCUGGAGAUUAUACGAGGCAGAACAAAGCAACAUGGCCAGUAUUCCCUUGCCGUUGUUAACUUGAAAAUACAGUCCCUAGGGCUGCGCUCCCUCAAGGAAAUAAGUGAUGGAGAUGUUGCCAUUAUGAGGAACAAGAACCUCUGCUAUGCUGACACCAUGGACUGGAACAGCCUGUUUGCAACUGAGAGCCAGAAAACAAAGAUUUUACAGAAUAGAGAUAAAAAUGAGUGUGCUGCUGCCAAGCAUGUUUGUGACCCCCUGUGCUCAGACGUAGGCUGCUGGGGCCCAGGGCCCUUCCACUGCUUCUCCUGCAGGUUUUUUGAUCGUCAGAAGGAAUGUGUGAAACAGUGCAACAUCCUGCAAGGGGAGCCAAGAGAGUUUGAAAAGGACUCCAAGUGCCUCCCCUGCCACCCUGAGUGCCUGGUGCAAAACUCCACCAUGUACAAUGCAACCUGCACUGGACCUGGCCCUGACAAUUGCAUGAAGUGUGCCCAUUUUAUAGAUGGUCCCCACUGUGUGAAAUCCUGCCCAGCAGGGGUUCUGGGUGAGAAUGACACCCUCGUCUGGAAAUAUGCUGAUGGGAAUAAUGUUUGCCAGCUCUGCCAUCCAAACUGUACCCGGGGGUGCAAGGGGCCGGGUCUUGAAGGCUGUCCAAAUGGCUCCAAGAUCCCGUCUAUCGCAGCCGGUGUUGUCGGAGGGCUCCUGUGCCUGGUGGUGGUGGGGCUGGGCAUUGGCCUGUACCUGCGGCGGCGCCACAUCGUCAGGAAGCGCACCCUGCGCCGGCUGCUGCAGGAGAGGGAGCUUGUUGAACCACUGACACCCAGUGGGGAGGCACCAAACCAGGCUCAUCUGAGAAUUUUAAAGGAAACAGAAUUUAAAAAGGUCAAAGUUUUAGGCUCUGGAGCUUUUGGCACUGUAUAUAAGGGACUUUGGAUCCCAGAAGGAGAAAAGGUUAAAAUUCCUGUUGCUAUUAAAGAGUUGAGAGAGGCUACAUCACCAAAAGCCAACAAGGAAAUACUUGAUGAAGCUUAUGUGAUGGCUAGUGUUGACAAUCCUCAUGUGUGUCGCUUGUUGGGAAUCUGCCUCACUUCAACUGUUCAGCUCAUCACACAGCUGAUGCCUUUUGGCUGCCUCCUGGAUUACAUCCGAGAGCACAAGGACAACAUCGGCUCUCAGUAUCUCCUCAACUGGUGUGUGCAGAUUGCAAAGGGAAUGAACUAUCUGGAGGAACGGCGCCUGGUGCACCGUGACCUUGCUGCCAGGAACGUCCUUGUUAAGACUCCUCAGCAUGUGAAAAUCACGGACUUUGGGCUGGCAAAGCUGCUUGGUGCAGACGAGAAGGAGUAUCAUGCUGAGGGAGGCAAGGUUCCUAUUAAAUGGAUGGCAUUGGAGUCAAUUUUACAUCGGAUUUACACUCAUCAAAGUGAUGUCUGGAGUUAUGGUGUGACAGUUUGGGAGCUGAUGACAUUUGGCUCCAAGCCGUAUGAAGGGAUUCCUGCCAGUGAGAUCUCCUCUGUCCUGGAGAAGGGCGAGCGUUUGCCACAGCCCCCCAUCUGUACCAUCGACGUGUACAUGAUCAUGGUCAAAUGCUGGAUGAUUGAUGCAGACAGCCGUCCCAAGUUUCGUGAGCUGAUAGCUGAAUUCUCAAAAAUGGCCCGUGACCCUCCACGCUAUCUUGUUAUACAGGGAGAUGAUAGGAUGCACCUGCCCAGCCCUACGGACUCCAAGUUUUAUCGCACUCUGAUGGAGGAGGAGGACAUGGAGGAUAUAGUGGAUGCAGAUGAGUACCUCGUGCCACACCAGGGCUUUUUCAACAGCCCUUCAACGUCUCGCACUCCUCUCUUGAGUUCAUUGAGUGCUACCAGCAACAACUCUGCUACAACCUGCAUUGACAGGAACGGGCAGGGGCAUCCUGUGCGGGAAGACAGCUUUGUCCAGAGGUAUAGCUCAGACCCAACAGGCGCUUUCUUGGAGGACAGCUUAGAUGACAGCUUCCUACCAGCCCCAGAGUAUGUAAAUCAAUUGGUGCCCAACAAAACAUCUGCCUCAGCAGUCCAGAAUCCUAUCUACAACUUCUCUCACACAGCAAACUCAAAGGUCUCCACAGAUUCCAGCUACCAGAAUUCACACAGCACAGCUGUGGACAACCCUGAGUAUCUCAACACCAACCAGUCUCCUCUGGCCAAGACAGUCUUUGAGAGUUCUCCCUACUGGAUCCAGGCGGGCAACCACCAAAUAAACCUGGACAAUCCUGACUACCAGCAGGACUUCUUACCGAAGGAAACCAAAUCUAAUGGUCUCUUGAAAGUUCCUGCAGCAGAAAACCCAGAGUACUUGAGGGUAGCAGCACCAAAAAGUGAAUAUAUUGAAGCCUCAGCAUGACCAUAGAGAAUUUCUUCUUGCAGCAAGGCAAGCUGGAUAAAUGAACUGUUGACUGCUGCAAGAGUGGACUCUGGCUCAGAGCAAAUGGCAACCACAAUGCAUCAAAAAGCACCUCUGCUUUUCAGCAUGGGGUUUUGAAACUGCAAAGCCUGUCUGAUGGUAGUUUGGGUCUUUCCUUGCCCAUUUCUAUGUAAUAACUGAGGCCCAUAGCCUGCACUCAGAUGCAUGUAGGGAUGGAGCAGGAUCUUCCUGGACUGAAGAAAUAUGGAUGCAUUCCUUUCAUUUUCAAAUGGUAGCAUGGUAAAAAGCCACUCUGGGAUGAACUCGAGAACUGUACACAUUGUACAGUCAAAUUACUUUCUACAUUCUGUAUUUUUAUAAAUGUUUCUAACAGAAAUUUUGGAUCUUUUACAAGAUCAGAUGCUUGUACUGCUCAUCUGCUAAGUGUUGCUCAGAUCACCAGCAGGGAAAAGAAUUAUGUUCCAAAUAUCCUGGAACUGAAAUUGUUAUUCCAAACCACCAGAUUUUUACAAAUUGGCCCCAUAUACUGCCUUUUGGCCCAAAGGUGAGAAGUACAUCUGAGGGACGUAUGGGUGAUUCUGCCCAGGGCAGUAUGGAGUGGAUUGCUCUGGGGAAAACUAGCACAAGGAGCAAAAUGGCACAAUGCAUCACCUGCUGACCACUAUUGCUAUAAACUGACAAGAGGAACUCCUCCAAGUCACCUAUACAUGAUUAUAAAGUGCUCGCCAGUCUGUUUUCUGAUGGUCAAACCCAAGACUUUUUUUUGUUCUGAUCCCUUACACAGCUGUCAAGUUGUCAAAAUGCCUUUUUUUCUUCAACAAAACUGUUAAAGAUGUUGCUGUAACUGAAAAAUGAAAUGUCAGAUAAUGUUUAAUAGACUUCAAUUAAAUGUCAAGGAAAUGCAAAUAGUGGCAAAUUGGAGCAUUCACGAGACAGACUGGAAGAAUUACACUAAAUUAAACUUGACUAAGGCAAGAAACACAGGUAGCUCUGGCCAAACAGCUUUAUUUCCCAUUUUAAAGGGACUCAAAGCAGAAAUAAUUUUCCUUUAUACAUUUGGUAAAGAAAAGGGUUACUAUCUAAGUAAUACACUUCACUCACUUCAAGGCAAAAUAUUACCAGUUGUUGUCCCAUGCUGGGGUAGAGGCUGGGGCUGGUUGCAUGGCCCUUUGGGGUUACUAUUUUGGCAAUGCAGGAGAAGCAGUGAGAAUGAAUUAAGGAAAGAAAGAAUAAUUUAGAGUGAUGGAAAAUACUAUCUCCCUUUUCUGAAUCACAGGGUUACCUACUGCUUCUUUGAAAUAUGCAGCAUCAUCUUCUGGCUAUUAGUGUGGUAUAGGCAGGCAAGGCAAGGCUAAGAUUUUGGCUUGAUGGUAUAAAUCAAUCACAGAAGUAAAAGCAGCUACUCUUUUCAGUGACCCAUAAAAUUAUUUCAUCACUAAAAUUUCUUAUGAAUGUAGGAGGAAUAAAGUACUAAAGUGUGAAUUUAGUCAAUCCUUUAGAUGCAUCCCACCAGCACCUUGGCAAUGCUAUUUUAAUCAAAUCACUAGAUCAGAAAGCAAAUUCUCAUUUGGGGACAAAGGCCCUUAACUAGUUGAAUGUUGGCAACUUGCUUGAGGGUAGCAUAAGCAGCUGACUUGGGGAGGAUCUGUAGUCUAUAUUAAGUAGCAAGAAACAGUCAAAUUCAUGCUGCUGCUGUGUUUAGAAUACAUCGUUAUGUGUUUCAGUUUAGGUAUUGCAUCUGAAGUCCAAGAUCAAGCAGUAAAUCCUUAGAGCACUUCUUUUUCUGUUACUGAGGAAAGGAGACCUUCAGUCAUGUGAAAUGAGUCCUUUUUUAAGUAACAUGCAUUAGCAGUUUGUAUGUGUACAGCUCAUGGGUCCCACUACAGUACAGGGUGAAGUGGCAUGUUGGGUCAGAAUCCAGAGAUUGUUCUGUUUGGUAGAUGUGUCUCAUCAUGACCAAGUCCCAGAAACAGCAGAGUGGAAGAUGCAGUGUUUGAUUUGGAUUACCAAUUGCUUGUAUUUAAAACAGUAACCAAAAUUCAGUUCCCACAUCCAAUUAGCAGCAGAUUUCUCCUUGCAUUCCUGAGAGCAGAUUUGUUGUGUUGCUCUCACAAAUGUGCAACAUGUGCACACAGGCAGUGUUGUUUUUCCCCACCCACCACCCUGGCAGAAAUGUACAUAAAACUAAAAAAAGAUCUCAACAGAAUUCACAGAUAAUUUUUCAAUUUGCUGGAGAUGUUAUGUCUCCAAGCAGAACACUAGAAAAUCACAUAGUGCAUAUUCUCCCACAGAAUCUUUCAAACACUAAUGCACAAAGGAAUUUACUGGUUUUAAUCUGUUUAAUCUGUUAGCUAAAACAAGAAAGCCACUGAGAAAUAGCAUUGUGUAUCACCAGCAUUAUGCAGCAUGAAUAGACGUUAACACUUGCCCUUUUAAAGCAAUUCAGGAGGGAUUCAAUAGCAAUUCAUUGCUAGAAACAAGAACAUUUAUCUAAAAAUUAAGCAAUCUAAGAUUGAAAGAACAUCUCUCUUUGAAUGUGAUGUUUUUGAUGAAAAAAGUAAGAAAGAGGAAGUAGGACCACAAACUCUUGAUACGAAUGUAGACUCCAGAUUGGUGGAAUCAACUAUAUAUUGUGAAGUAUUUCUGAUAAAUGGCAUCUGUAAGCCAUGAUCUGUAAGUUGGCAGCUCAGUAAUGAUUCAAAAGCCAGCAAAAAAUAAAACCUAGGUAGUGCCUUCAGGGGCACAGAUACAGUGGCACUGGGAGCAGAUGGGACUGUGCAGUAAAUGGCUGUGGCUGGAAGCACAGGUUCUAUGCAGGGUGAUGCUCACAGGUAAAAGACAAUAAAAAAAAAAACCCAAAACACAAGUAAACAGCAGAAAUGCUCUCACUGAACAUUAAAGAGCCAGGAGACCCUAGCAGAUUGUGUGUGUGCUUAUACAGGAGGCCAUGGUUAAGCAACAUAAAUCAACAUGCAUAAAUAACUUGAAAGUUCAGCUGGAGGUGUGGGUAGAAAAGGCUAAUUUUAAAGACACAGCUAAAUAGGGAAAUGUUGCAUUCCAAAGCCUCUUCUAAAAGCUGACAGUCUCACCACUUGAGAAAGAUAAAAUUUCCCUUUUUACUGUAUUUCUCAUGGAAGACAAAACACUCACAAGUUAGUCCUUAGCAUCUAUCAUAAAGCAGUCGUUAUUACAGAACUCCUUUUGCAAUAAUAAUUUAGGACUUUUAAUAACUUCUAAGUGUAUGAAAAUGUAAGUUAAGAGUCUUCAUCUUACUUUGAUGUUUUCCAGUGGCUGUGUGCAGUGUCAGCACCCUUGAUUUCAAUGUGGGCCUUGGGUUGUUUUCUUCUGCUGCGAAGGGAGUUGAUCUGGGAAAUUUUCUUCAUGUUGCAAUUGGUUUUGUCGCGUAAAUUCACCCGGAGGCCAGGGGCUUGCUAUUGUUCCCAGCUGCCAUUCAACACCGAAGUAAGCUUUGUUGGAGAGUGGUUGGAACGAACGAGAUGGUGGUUUCUGGAAUGCCCCAUCCCACCAAUCUCACCACGACUUGAAGCCUGCCCUAGUAUUAGGAAAUGUGGUCAUGGGUUUGUUUGAAAGGAAGGGGCUUGCAUAGGGAGAGUAAUGCCAGGGAAGCGCUGCAGCUGACCAGUCCAUACCUGAGACAGCUGCUGAGUUUGCACAGGGACAUCACUGAGGCCACUGACUGUUCCUGCAGGUACAGGUGCUCCUGUCCCUGAACCCACCUUGAUGUGAAGGCGGUUGCAGAGAUUGCUUGUGCAAAAAUCAAUGUACAUAACAUUUGUAUUACGGGGGGUAUCUCUUCCCUUCCCUGGGGGACGGAAGUAGGGUUACAACAAUGUCACAGGACCCCAAACAGCUUGGAGAAAUACCAUCACAAGGUGCCUGGGGUGUUCUUGGUCUGUCUGUGGGUGCUCCAGGGUGUCAAGAAGAAACUUUGCAUUUCCAGACAAGCGCUCAUUUUUCACAUUCAGGGUUCCACAUUUUCUGUUAGUAUGACCACUGCCUGUCAAAUGAGCAGUUACGGUACUCUGGCCAUUGUUUCCCCCAGAGUUUCUCUAUGAGUAAACACUUGAAUCAGGAAAAAGUAUGAAAAUGUACCUGUGUCCUCCUUCUUGGUGGAAACUGUAUACUCAUGAAAUGUCAGACUGUAUAUAACACUUAGCAAGAGUACUUUGUAAUGUUUUAUCACCACUGAUUCAAAUUUUUAUAUUGGGAUCCCAUUUUCUAGCUUUCUUCUUAUAAAUGUUCCCUCUUUGUUCUGACAUACAACUUUCAAGAAGCCUUUUUAAAUAAUUUAAAAAAAAAAAGAAAAAAAAGUUUAUACAAAAGAAAAACUUGACGCCUUCAAGUAGCUUGUCAAAUGGGCUGCAUUAGGACCAAAGAUGUAAUGUCUUGUUUUCUUGCUUUAAAGGACUAAGGUAUUGAUCACCACUUCCACAGCCCCUUUUUAUGGAGAAGAGCUACAGAGCUCUUUGUUAGGGCAGGAUGAGACCUCCACUGAGCAAAGAGAGCUUAGCAGGAGGGUGAAUCCUGUCCAUAGAAAAACAAACUGAAUAUCAGGACCAUGUAUCACUUCAGGGCCAAACCUACAACCUCUACUCUGUAUUGCACUUGAUGCAUUAUCUAAACAGAGAGACAGCCAAGGAAAAAAGAAGGAUAUAUAUGAUAUUUUGGCUCAGUAUCAGAAAAAAUAUGAUGAUGUGAUGAUGAGGCAUGAUAAAAUAACUUAUUUGUGUGAGGAAGUGUGUAGGCAGGCAGUGAGACUUAAAACUGCCUUGUUUUAACACUUUUGAUUAUGUAUUACUUUUAUUAUUCGGGGGAGUUGAAAUCACAGAGCUUCCAUGAUAUGCUUUGCUUUCUGCCAUGUCUCCUGCCUGAAUUUGGUAUCUGGUGUUAGGCAGAUCAUCACCUCUAUCACCAUGGCCAUGUGGACUGAGAAUUGCGGGUUGGUGCAAGCCCUUCUUUUUAUGCAGGGAGAGAAAAGUGCAGCCAUAGUUGGCUGUACUACAGUUAGUGGUCAAGCUAAACCCUCAACAGAAUCCAAAAAUGGGUUUCCCAAGGGAAAAAAUUGGUAACUGAAUACCUACUUAGCAAAAGACACAGCACUUGUUGCACUGUUGAAGUCAGCAGUCAGAAUGCUGAACACCUUCAGGCAAGAUUUGGGGCUGGUGCUUCAUCAACUUUGCUGUCAUCUUGUAACACGGUGCAGAUGGGGCUGUCUGUAUGUGCAGCAGGACAGGUCCUAUGGUCUCUUUCUAUCUCUCACUUUGAAGUAAUCAAUUUUUCUAACUAAUAAGGUAAAAACCAGAAAUCAAAAGAAAGAAAACCAGAAAUCAAAAAUGCCUCUAACAACUGGACUGGUAGAAAGUGUUGUUCCUACAUAGCCAGUACAGUACAUCAUUUCCAGUCAGGCUAGAAUUUAUCCAGAGUCUUCUCCUUACCUCCCAUAAGCUGGCUGGAGAGUGUGCAUUUGCAACCACCAUCAAUGUUAUCCUCAUAUUUUAUUAAAAGGAAUAAUCAAAGUAGUUGUCUACAAUGGUAGGAGGCUUGGCUCACAUAGCUGUGUUCUCUUUUUAAUCCUAUAUUCCUAUUAGUCUUCUUGAAAUUAAUGGGAUGUUUAAAUUGAUUACACUGAGAGUAUAAAACAAGGCUAAUGUUGAGUGAUUUUUGAAAAUCCCUCACAAUAAUCAGAGAUCCUAUGGAUCCAUUGCCCAUUUUAGGCUGCUUUGUAUUGAUGCAAUCAACCGAAUAUAAGGUAUGAUGACUUGGUUUUAAUAAACUGUCAAGCAAUAUAUCCACAGAUACAGAUGGUACCCUCAGAGCAUUGUAAAGUUACUCAACUAUGAAAGCACUAUUUGUAAAAUAAGAAACUCUUGACUUUUAUAUGGUUUAAUGGUUUAUACUGUUGAUCAAAGAUUGUUUGUAUAUGAGCGAUGAAAAAUGAGGUGUAUAUUAUUAUUUUUAAUUGUUUUUAAUUUUUGGAGGACUUUUAUUGUAAUAUACUGUUGUAUUUGGGGGGAACAAAAAGCAGUGGCUAGCUUGUAGCUUGAAGCCAGAAGAGAACUCACAGUAAGGGUUCUUUAUUGAUGGACUUAGAUUUUUUCUUUUCUGGUAAAAUUUGUCACCUUGGGGAUUUAUCCUGAGCUUAAUGACGCUAGUAACAGCACUCUUUCCUCUCUUCAAGACUCUUUGGCUCCCUGCAUGCACAGUGCUGGAGUUUCAUAAUGUGAGCAAUAAUACAGGCAAUCCUUGUGACCAAUGGAAGUGCAAUAUGAAAGCCCAGGUGCUGCUUAUCAGGGCCCCAAAAAAAGCUGCUCUUUUAUGUGUCAGGUUCCCACUUCACUUCUAUGACAAGAGCAGAAGCAGAAUGAAAGCAAUCCCUCAAAAGCUGAUCCAUGUGGCAUAUGAAGCCAUAGUGUUGGCCAUUUCCAAAGUGCAUAGCUAAGGCAAAAUAAAAUCUCACCCAGAGUCACUCUGAUGACUUAAAUUGUUGUACUCUACUAGGCAGGAAGAGAAAUUGUGUUAAAAGGCAGCCAAAUGAAGCUCCAGUGUACCCUGAGUAAGGGUGUUUAAUAUCCCACUGGUGAAACAUGUGGCUGAUAAAGAUUAAAGGAUUUGCAGGAUCUUCAACAUAACAGAGCAAAAUACAUUGGCAAGACAGUAAAGAAGAGAGGAGCUGGAACUGUCAGUAUGCAUUCAGCCUGGAUAGGUCCCUGGUAUCACAAUUAGUAAAUGAAAUAAUUUUUGUCUUUAUAGAUUAAUUUUGUACACAGGAAAAAAAAAAAAAAAAGCCACAAUAGCACCUUUCUCAUUUUCAUCUUUCCAUCCAGACCCUUCCAGUACAUAGGCUGCAUGUUUUACCAGCUCAACCUACUUUAUGCAGUAAUUAUGUAGUCUUAAUCUUCAUAUUAUUGGUUCUCAGAAAUGUCUAAUGCGUAUUAAUGCAUGAUAUUUUUAUUUUAAUAAAAGUAAUUAAAUAAAUAUUUGCUCUUUUGGCACAUGA